CCUUGGUGAAUUCCAUUUUGCGAUCACGUUUCGCAAGGGCCAACAAAGAAAGCUCUCGGAGUUUGGGGACUCGCCUGCCUUUCCAUUAGCGAUCAUACCCCAGAGUUCUCUUUUAACUUUCAACAUGGCCCCUCGUGAAGUCUCGCCCACCCCGUCUGACGCGGGUGUCGACAUUGGCGACUCUCUGUUCGGUCAAGGUUGGGGCACAGGCACAGACAAUGGAGGCGCAGGAAAAGAUGCGGACGUUGAUAUGGAUCAGAUCCUGAACGGGGCUGACGACGAUGACGACGACGGUGAUGAAGCCUUCAUUGCGCUGCAGCAAGCUGCAUCGUUCAGGAAAGCUUCCAAUCUCAAGGGCAAAUCGGUCAAGAAAGGAGGCGGCUUCCAGGCAAUGGGUCUAAACUCGAAUCUCCUUCGUGCCAUUACGCGGAAAGGCUUCUCGGUCCCGACACCCAUCCAGCGGAAGACCAUCCCCCUUAUCAUGGACCGCAGAGAUGUGGUAGGCAUGGCUAGGACGGGAUCCGGAAAGACGGCCGCCUUCGUCGUUCCCAUGAUUGAGCGGCUCAAGGCACAUAGCGCCAAGUUCGGUGCCCGAGCCCUUAUUCUAUCACCGUCCCGCGAGCUGGCCAUUCAGACAUUACGCGUCGUGAAGGAUUUCAACAAGGGCACCGACCUCAAGGCCGUUCUCCUUGUGGGUGGUGACAGUAUGGAGGAGCAGUUCGGCCUGCUAUCAGCAAACCCGGAUAUCAUCAUCGCCACGCCAGGCCGUUUCUUGCAUCUGAAAGUGGAGAUGUCUCUGAACCUUUCGUCCAUUCAAUAUGUGGUCUUCGACGAGGCGGACCGGCUGUUCGAGAUGGGAUUCGCGGCCCAGCUCACCGAGAUCCUUCAUGCGCUACCUCCUUCAAGGCAGAGCCUCCUCUUUUCCGCAACCUUGCCGUCGUCUCUUGUCGAAUUCGCGCGAGCCGGUCUACAGGACCCGACACUCGUGCGGUUAGACGCUGAGACAAAAGUGUCACCGGACCUCGAGAGUGCCUUCUUCUCGGUGAAGGGGGAUGAGAAGGAGGCGGCUCUACUUUACAUCUUGCACCAGGUGAUCAAGAUGCCACUAGGAACACCCGACGGCGUGCCGCUGGACGUGAAGCCAUCUAAGAAGCGAAAGCGGGGCAAGGACGGCUCGACUGGCAAGGGCAAGCCUACGGAGCACUCGACGAUUGUCUUCGCGGCCACUAAGCACCACGUCGAAUACCUCGCAGGGCUAUUGCGGCAGGCCGGAUUUGCCGUCUCGUACGUGUACGGCUCAUUGGAUCAAGAAGCACGGAGAAUCAACACCGAGAACUUCCGCCAGGGAAGGGCGAAUGUUCUUGUUGUCACGGACGUCGCCGCACGAGGUAUUGAUAUCCCCGUGCUAGCCAACGUCAUCAACUACGACUUCCCGCCCCAGCCCAAGGUGUUCGUCCAUCGCGUCGGGCGAACAGCACGAGCUGGGCAGAGGGGCUGGGCCUACAGCAUUGUACGAGAGCUCGACACGCCCUAUCUCCUCGAUCUGCAACUCUUCCUCGGACGCAAGUUCGUCGUCGGACAAGAGAGCGCGGACCCUUCCUUUGCGGAGGACAUUGUAGUGGGCGCCCUUCCUCACGAGGGGCUCGAGAUCCAAAUGGAGUGGCUGGCCAAGACGCUAGGGGAGAGUGCCGACAUCGCGGCCAUCCGCGACGUCUCCGUCAAGGCAGAAAAGCUCUACUUGAAGACACGUCACUCGGCGUCUAGCCAGAGUGCCAAGCGCGCUCGGGAGAUAGUUGCUUCCAAUGGGUGGACGCAACGCCACCCGCUGUUCGGCAAGGUUAACAACGACCAAGAGCAAGCACGAGCCGCUCUCUUGGCCAAGAUCAGUGGAUACAAACCACAAGAAACCAUUUUCGAGAUUGGCCGGGGCGGCAAGGGGUCGAACAACGAGGCGGCGGAGAUGAUGAAGCAGUUGCGGAAGAGAAUUGUGCCGCACAGAGGAAACAAGAAGGAGGAAGACGACAAAGCGAACCACGAGGAUGAUGAUGUCGACUCGGAAGAUGCCGAUGAGGUCGAACAUGGCAGUGCGAACAACGGGCGUGCCGGAUCAGAUGCCGCAGCGGGCCAAUGGUUGGAUGACGGUGAUGAUGGUGGUGAUGGUGAUGAUCACGACGAUGAUCACGACGACGACGACGACGACAACGACGGCUUGGAGGUCACGGUAUCGAAUCCAUCAGACAAGAAGAAGGGCGAAGAUGCAUGGCGCGACUCGGAGGUGUUCAUGUCGUACACGCCACGGACCAUCAACGCGGCGGAGGAGCGCGGAUACGGAGUGCAGUCCGGCGCGCAGGGCUCGAGCUUCGUGGAGCAAGCGCGCGACGCGGCCAUGGACUUCAACAACGACGACGCGGCCAAGGGGUCCGGGGAGCCGGCGAAGAAGGGCAUGCGGUGGGACAAGAAGCAGAACAAGUACGUGGCGCGGGCCAACGACGAGGACGGGUCCAAGGGGGCCAAGUACAUCCGGGGCGAGAGCGGGACGAAGAUCGCGGCGAGCUUCCAGAGCGGGCGGUUCGAGAAGUGGCGCAGGGCGAACCGGCUGGGCAAGCUGCGGGUCGGGGAGAUGGAGAAGUCGAACGCGCCGCAGCUGCCGACGGGCCCGCGGUACAAGCACAAGCAGGAGAAGGCGCCGAAGGAGGCGGACAAGUACCGGGACGACUACGAGGUGCGGAAGAAGCGGAUCGCGGAGGCGAAGGAGAAGCGGGUCGGCAAGUACAAGGACGGGGCCGGCAGCCGGAAGGAAAUCAAGGGGGCGAACGACAUUCGGAAGGCGAGGGUAGAGAAGGAGAAGCGGAGGGCGAAGAAUGCAAGGCCAUCGCGGAAGUGA